UGUAAUGUAAUUAAAAAGCAAUCUUAUUUGUAGCAACAUUGAUGAAUUCUUCCCAACAUAAUAAAUACUCUUCAUAAAGUACCAAAUCUAACAUGAACUAACACGGCAUUUAAAUUGUUUUCCUUAUGCAUUAUAAGGCAUAAUCAUAACCUAUCCACAAUUUAAGCAGUUGGAAACUCUUUCAUGA